UCCCUUUUACUAUAACAUAUUAACCUUCUUCAGUUUCAAGUCAUUAUAUUUUUCUGUUUUAACAUCUAAUUUCUUUAUUCAUUAGUAUCUUUUACAUCAAACCAAGAAACAUCUAAUUUCAUCAUUCCGUAGACCAUCUAUUUAACAAAAACAAAAUUUAUCUCCUUUCUUGAAAAGGCCGUCUAUGACAUGAUAGCGUUCCCCAUCAGAGUUAGACUGUCGACUGCCAUUUAAUGCUAACCGUUCAAGACGUUCUAUACUGUUGUUCGACCCACUUUAACAAAAUUCUUGCUACUGAUGGUAUGAACCAUGUUUUCGAGUAGUUUUUUUCCGGUAUUGCUUAUACAAAUACUAGAAUGGGCCAGCGAGAGCCAACCAAAUUAAAGCAAAGGGGAGCUUUUUGUUGUCCUUAAUUAUCUAUGGGCAGGGUAUUAACUAUUAAGUAGGAAGGAAGGGGGCAUGAUAAUCAUGAAAGUGAAUCACAUGGUGGUCGGCCAAAAAGGAAAAACAAAUCAAUCCAUGAAUUUAUCAUUACUUAUUACUUUGGGGGUGCAUUGACAUUGACAAAUGUCAUGAGAGUGUUCUUUCCACACUCUCAUGACAUUUUUAUUCCCCAUGUUCUCCACCAACCCUAUCCUGCAACACUCCCAUACCAGCCUAGCUGCAAUUAGCAAGGAAGUGGGCUGGUGGUCUAGAAACCAGGCCCCUAAGAGCUUCAGGAAUCCUAAACUCUCUGCCCCACACAGGCCUAGGCCCAACUUUGUGAUUCAUAAUUCAUAAUUCUGAUUUCUCUUGGGCUGGGAAAUUACUUUCAAACGCCUUUAUUCUUAUUACUAUUACUAGCACAUGCCCGACCCGUUGGACAGAAGAAUGGACCCGAAUUAUAUGGUAUAUAAUAAUGGAUAUAACAGAUGAUUUGAAAUGUAUGAAAUGAUUGUUUUGUAUAUGCACAUAACAUUUUUAAAAGUGAUCCAACUAUGCAUAAUGUGUUUAGGCCUCCAUGAAAAGAGAAAAAAAAUAUAAGCAUUACAUAUAAUUAUUGAAUGAAAAAAAAUAUAAAUAAUUGUCAACUAUAAAAUUAAUCGAAUGAAAAAAUAUAUAAAUAAUUGUCAACUAUAAAAUUAAUCAAGAAUGAUUUUAUAAAUGAAUUUUUAGUUGUAUACAUUGAAAAAGGUUUUAGUCUCAAAAUAAACAAUGAAUGUAUUUUAUAAACCUUUUAGAAUAUGAGUCUUCACACGUUCAUGUGAGAAACUACUCAUUAAUUCAAAAAUUACAUGUUAUUUUUAGAAUAUUUUGUUUAUUUUUAUUAAAUGACGCUUUUCUCCAUAAAACAUGAGUCCACCAAUAUAGACUGUGUGGUGCUCGCACUUGUGUGCUAGCCGUUGAAGUUUAUGCUUGGUACGACCCAUGAAGCAUUCAUGCUUGUACAUGGCCGAUUCAUAUACAUUGUCUUCAUGGUAUGCUCUAACUAUAUCGUGAUAGCUCGACCAUGUGCCUAUGUAUAGUUAUAUGCAUUAUAAUAGGGUUAAUUGCAUGGUUGGUCAUUGAGAUUACAAAAAACAUUCAAGUUUGGUUACUCAAAAUAUUUAAAUCUAUUGAUGGUACUUCAGUUUACGCAAACCGUUCGCGUUUGGUCACUCUCCGUCCAACUCUGUUAACUUUGGCUGAUGUGGCAAUCAACUCUCAAAGUUGAUCGUUAACUUAGUGACGUGGCAACUAAAAAAUUAUUAAAAAAAUAAAUUUUAAUAUUUUCCACCUCAUUAUUACAUUCAUUAAAAAAUAAAAAAAAUAAAAACCUAAUUUCUUUUCUACAAACCCCCAUACCCUACCCGACCCAACCUCCACUACCCGCAAAAUCCGACCACUGUAGCAACCCUUAUUUCUUUUCUACACCCGCGAUUUCAGCAGCAGGAUCGUCUACAACAACAACUUCGAUCUCUACACCGGACCGGCUGCCAAUUGGAGGGACACAGUCUCUUUCAACACGGCUCCCGACCCACUCAAUUCCAUGUUUUUGUUUCCCUGGACACAAUUCCACGUUGGACUUAUAUGUCUAAUCUUGUCUUUGCUCUGCUCUGGAACCUUAAACAGAGGACGAUGAUCAAACCUUUUUCACUUCUCCCUUUCAUUUUAAAUACCCACCUAGCUAGCUUUUCUUGAUUACAGUCCACCAUCCCAACAGUCUCUGUCUCAUCACUCUCUCGAUUGAGUUCUCUGAAAAAUGACGACUUUCUUCUCGUUGGAGCUGAUAACUGAGGUUGCUUCGAACUCAAUGAUGGUCUUCUUCUUCUGCAAUUUGAUCAUCGUCACCAUCCUCGUUGCCUCAUCGACAUCUCCUUCGAUGAUGACCGGAAUGCACCACGUGUCGAUGGCGGGAAGUCCCUACUCCUACGUGACUAUUCACCAGCAGGAGGAGACUCUGGUUCUUGGCGGUGGAAAUGAUGCUCUGCUUCCCAGUGAUGAAAACAAAGCAUCUUGGUCCUCGGAACCUAAGUUGGCCGCAUUGGCAACAACUGCACACCAAGACGAAGAAAAAGAAGAGGAAGAAGCUAGAGGAGGAAGAAGCUAGAGCAGCUGCCAAUUUCACCACUUCCUCAGAGUACUCUGUCACGAUUUCGCUGCACACGGUCGGCUGCUGCUCGGGAUUGAGUGGGCCGGGAGCCAUGUUGAAAGAAACUGUGUCCCUCCAAUUGGCAGUCGGUCCGGUGUAGAGAUCGAAGUUGCUGUUAUAGACGAUCCUGCUGCCGAAAUCGCGGGUGUAGAAAAGAAAUUAGGGUUGCUACGGUGGUCGGAUUCUCCGGCGGCGGUGGAGGUUGGGUCGGGUAGGGUAUGGGGAUUUGUAGAAAAGAAAUUAGGUUUUUUAUUUUUUUAUUUUUUAAUGAAUGUAAUAAUGAGGU